AUGUACUGCCUAUUUACAAGGGACGCUACUCAGAAAAUAAUUAAACGAGGUUAUGAACAAGGAUACAGCAAUGGCUGCAAAAACAUGCAUUUUUGGCCUUCUAAAACCAUUUUUGCAGUCAUGCUCUUUGUCCAAAAAUUGCUGUGGUGCUAGAAAUCUCAGCUCUGUAGCUGGAAAUUACUUAAGAGCACACAUAGGAGUAGUAGGUCUGUGCAGUCAUUAUGGAAACGGCCAUGUACUAUCACAGCAGUCAUCACCUGUGUAUCAUUCAUAUCGUUGUAAAAGUAUUCAACUUGCAGAUUCAACAACCAGCUGGGCAAUGGGGGUUUGUGGCAUUGAAGAACUAGAGGAUUUCGUUCCUUUAACAGACCCAGAGCUGCAGAAAGGGGUAGCAGAACGUGUAAAUACAAGCAUAGAGCUGGGUGAAGCAGGACGCCUGUUUGCUGUUGUUUACAUAAGAGGCAUGCAACAUAAAGUCACAGCUGGAGAUAUUAUUGCUGUUAGGCUGAACUUUCCACCAAAUGUUGGUGACAGAAUACGCCUAGAAAAAGUCCUUGCUGUAGGUGGGAAAGAUUUCACACUAUUUGGACAGCCCAUGUUGAGCCGUGAUGUUGUUCGAGUGGAUGCCACUGUUGUUGAAAAAACUUUAUCUCACAGUCGUAUUUGGCGAGUUUACCAGAAAAGGAAAAGUUUCCAAAGAUUCCAUUUAUUUCGUGAGCUGUACACAAUGCUAGUAAUCAAUUCAAUUCAAGUAGGAAAAUUACCAGUUGAAGCCCAGGAACAGAUAGAUGAAAAAAAAUAAUUUAAAAAAUGUAUAUAACCAGAUAUUUGUGACAUAAAUUUGACUUGAUUUUGUGGAUGAACUGAAUGGUCAGCACUAACUCAUAAUAUUUGAAAUUCAUUUAGAGAACGGUGCAUUUCAAGUAGUUUUCAAAGUAUAAUUGUUGCUCUUGAGAGCAGGCAAAUUUUUUCCUGUUGAGGUUUUUGGUGCCUGACCCAAUAACAUAAUUUAUUUCAUUAAUGAAUAAGUUAGGAGCACUAGGAGGCAUUGUAUCAACUGAGAACAUUGCACAUUUUGUAUUUGUCAAAGUAUUUGUGUGAGACUAAAAUUAUGAGCCUUAAACAACAAUCAAUUCUGUCAUUUCUAUUAAAUACUACUUAGUUACCAUUUAUGGCACACUAUUUUUUUUUCUUUUCAAUUUCUUGUUUUAUCCUUAUAAAAUUUAAACUUUAAAUUAAUGGCCCAUUUAAUUAUUUUUAAAGCAUUCUAUGUUACAAUGUAAAAAUUUCAGAGAAAUGUCUCUCUUUUCAUUUUAUAUUUUUAAUAGUAAUCAUGUUUACUUUCUAUGAAAACAUGUUUUCAAGGUACUGAACUGUUACAUUACAAUUUGAUCAGAAAAAAUGUACAAAUGUGUUUGACAGGCUUUUUCUUGUCAUUAAACAUUGAUUUACUGUC